AUGGCAAGAACUAAACAAACAGCUCGUAAAACUCCAGCUGGGAAAACCCCAAAGAAGCAUCUAGCCACCAAAGCAGCUAAAAAGGUGUCAGCAGUCACCACUUCAGGUGUUAAAAAACCUCACAGAUUCAGACCAGGGACUGUAGCCUUAAGAGAAAUCAGAAAAUAUCAAAAAAGCACUGAGCUUUUGGUCAGAAAGCUCCCGUUCCAAAGACUUGUAAGAGAAAUUGCCCAAGAAUUCAAAACUGACCUCAGAUUCCAGUCUUCUGCAGUUUUAGCACUUCAAGAAGCAGCUGAAGCUUACCUCGUUGGACUUUUUGAAGAUACUAAUCUUUGUGCGAUCCAUGGGAAAAGAGUUACGAUUAUGCCAAGAGAUAUGCAGCUUGCUCGCAGAAUUAGAGGCGAAAGAACUUAA